AUACAUACAUACAUAUAGAAAACACAUUUUAACACGUGUUAAGCACCUGAACUGCGCCGGGGGGAAGGGAGCCAAUGGCGCGGGCAGGGGGGUUGGGCGCAAACAGAUUAGUGCUAGACUUUGAUUAUAUUAUGUCUUCGCAAACAUACCGUUAUCUUUAAAAUACGUCGGCGCACAUUUUAUGCUCCAUUCCACAAAUUUCUACUUCCAGCAGGUGGAUCCUUCUCCCAAACCCUAAUUUGGUUCUUGUUGAACACUUUCAGGUUCCCAUUCAUGAUUCUUUACUAAUCCUAUUCGUUGAUUAAUGAUCAUCUUUGCGUUAUCUCGAUUCAUUGUCCUGCUCGCUUUUAUGCCGAAACGCGAGCUGCAUUUUUUAUUUUAAGGUUGGAAUAGUGAAGCGGAAAGUUUAAUCUUGCGUAUUGAACCUUUGCGUUUGAUCUUGAGCACGGCUGACUCGACUACGUCAAGUUGACUCCUACGACUUUGAUUUUAGUUGCCUACUUCAUCAGCAGUGGCAUGUGCCUUCAGCAGCAUCAUAGAGGGACUAUCAAAACUGUAUGUGGCAGGAUUUCUGUGAUUGUUACUGCUUACUAUCCUUCCACUGGUUAGUGCUGUCCCAUGCACUGAUUGAUUCUCUAGUUGCCACUUAGUUCAGUCUUGCUGUGCUGGUGUUUUGUUCCAGAUGGAUGAAGAGACGCAGAGUACCUCCCAGAACUUGGCUCAGUUCACUGUGAAUAGCAAUAGGAAUGGUGAUUUAGGAGUUGACUGUUCUGACUUAUUGGCAGCAUGUGCUCUUUGUAGAAGAAAUUUUUCACCUAAUAAUGAGGCAGCUGGUGAUCUUGAAGCUAUAUGUGGGGACUGUAAAUUCUUGUUACUUGAAGAUCAUGGAACCCCUGUUCAGGACCCUAACCAAAUGCUGUCUGGAAGAAGAAGAAGAAGCAGAAGGUACAGUAGUUCCGAGUCAAUUGAGGAUCAUUUCUCACAGCAGUUCUCGCAAAUGAUUAAUCUGGCGAGACAAAACGAAUCCACGGUCUUUGGACAUGAGAAUCUACCUGUAAAUGGUGAUGCCGCUGCUGCAAGGCUAUUCCAGCGCACAAGUUCCCAUACUACCCCUAGUGGGUCUAGGAGAUGGUCACGGGUGUUGUCUGAUACUGAAAGUGAGGGCUUUGAUAAUUUGGACUCUAUUUAUGGAGAGAGUGAAUCAAGUAUAAGCUUUAGUGGGUACAGGGUAUUUCAUGGUGAGAGUGAUGUUAUUUCUUUUAGUGCUUAUGGAGGAGAUUCUGAUGCUUCUGUGGAUGGACAUAGUUUUCUGGAUACCGAAAUAUUUACCCAUCCAGAUGAGGGAAGUGAUCUUGAUAGUGAUACUGAUAUUGACCCAAUGCAUGCUGGUCCCAGUGAAUGGAACUUAGAUGAAGAAGAGGAUGGCGAGGAUGACGACGAUGAUGGUGAAUGGGAAGAAGCUGAUACUGAGGAAAACGCAGUUGAAUCAGCAACAACUGGAGUCCGGCUCCCAAAUUUUCUCACUUCAGGCCUUGGUGAAAGCAUUGGCCAUGAAAUUUGGCGCAGUCUUUUUGGUGUUCCUGAAUUUGAACGUGUACGCUGGGGAAUUAGGGAAGGCGCACAGACUGCUAGCAUCUUUGCUGGUUCAGAGGGAUCAAGGUUAUCUCGUUAUGUUGGGAAUUCUGGGGAUUACCUUGAUGGUAGAGGCUUUGAGGAACUGCUAGAGAAUCUUGCAGGGGCAGACAGCUUGAGACGAGGUUCACCUCCUGCGUCUGCAUCUUUUGUUAAUAAUAUGCCGCGCAUGAUUGUUAAGGAGGAACAUUUGAAGCAUGAUGGUUUGGCCUGUGCAAUCUGCAAGGAUCAUCUUUCUGUUGGGACCGAAGUGAACCAGCUUCCCUGUUUUCAUAUCUAUCACCCUUCCUGCAUCUUGCCGUGGUUGAGCGCACGAAACUCAUGCCCCCUUUGUCGGUACGAGCUUCCUACUGAUGACAAAGACUAUGAAGAGGGUAAGCAGAGGGCUAGUCUUCAAAUGGAAAGCCGGGAAAUCCAGUCACAGGGUGUGAAUGAGGAUGGUUACUCUGAUGUGACUGAUGGAGGUGAAGUCGAUGAAGCCGGUGAAUAUAGUCAAGGUAGACUGCUGCUGGGAGAGCCCAUGGAUGUAGAUCCCGCCGAAAGUGACUCCUCUGGCAGGGAUGGUAGAAGAGGGAGAUGGUUUUUUCUCGCUGCUGCAGCUCCAAUUGUCUCACUUGUGGGUAUGGUUCUUGUGUUGUGGUUGGGCAAUCCUCUGGCAGAAGGAAGAGGGUCUAGAGGCCGUCCUGGCUUUGCUGAGCAGGGCCAGCGUCAAAAUCAAAGUUCCCCACACCGAAGGGAGAACCCGAGCAGGAGGUGGUGGUAUCUAUUCUAACUGAUUUUGUUGUUGGAUUCAAAUUGAAAACUAGUAACCUCUAGUGAUUAUGUUUGAUUGCUUUGUUUUGUAUCUAUAUUAUGGUGUAUCUUUGAUGUCUCCAAUGAGCGAGUCUGCGUGCUUACUUCAUGGCAUUUGGCAUUUUUCAAACUCAGCAUGUCACUUUCUGUUUUUGUUGAAUGAGUAAGCAUCUGAGCGUGCAUACAUGUAUAUGAUAAGAACCUGUUCCUGAACCAGUUAAUGUAUGCUUGGAACUGGUUUGGUUCUGGUCUUAACUUGUAAUAAGAUGAAUGAUGAAUGAUUUUUUUUUUUUGCUUAUUUAA